UACUGAGGUUUUGAUAAAACUUUGAUCUUUUCUCAGAGAUAUUACAUAGAUACUGCACGAGAGCUAGCGAGGUUGGUCGGGGUAUGCAAAGCUCCGAUCAUACAACAUUUUGCUGAAACAAUCUCAGGAAUGAUGACAAUUAGAAGUUUCAGCCAAGAAUCCAGAUUCAUCGACAUAAAUUUUCAUCUCUCUGAUGGGUACUCUCGGCCCAAAUUUUAUACUGCCGGUGCAAUGGAGUGGCUAUGUUUUCGUUUAAAUAUGCUUUCCUUCCUCACAUUUGCGUUUUCAUUGAUAUUCUUGAUUUCAGUGCCAAAAGGGUUUAUAGAUCCAAGUAUUGCAGGUCUCGCUGUGACUUAUGGGCUUAAUUUAAAUAUGCUACAAGCUUGGGUCAUAUGGAAUCUCUGCAAUCUUGAGAAUAAGGUAAUAUCGGUAGAGAGAAUACUGCAGUAUACAUCCAUUGCUAGUGAACCACCUCUUGUUAUUGAGCAAAACAGACCGAGUAGUAACUGGCCUUCACUGGGAGAAGUUGAACUUCAUGACCUUCAGGUCCGUUAUGCCCCACACAUGCCCUUUGUGCUAAAGGGACUCACGUGCACUUUUGCCGGAGGGAUGAAAACUGGAAUUGUUGGGAGAACUGGCAGCGGAAAAUCUACCUUAAUUCAGGCACUUUUUCGUAUUGUUGAUCCUACAGGUGGCCGGAUACUUAUAGAUGGCAUCGAUAUCACAACCAUUGGACUGCAUGAUCUAAGAUCAAGGUUAAGCAUUAUUCCACAAGACCCUACCAUGUUUGAAGGAACUGUGCGUAGCAAUCUUGAUCCACUUGAAGAAUACACUGAUGCUCAAAUCUGGGAGGCCUUGGAUUGUUGUCAGCUUGGAGACGAAGUUAGAAAGAAAGAGCUGAAGCUGGAUUCUGCAGUGACUGAAAAUGGUGAGAAUUGGAGCGUUGGUCAACGUCAGCUUGUAUGUUUGGGUAGAAUUAUUCUGAAAAAGAGCAAGGUUUUGGUUCUUGAUGAAGCAACUGCUUCAGUGGAUACUGCCACUGAUAGCUUAAUCCAGAAAACUCUGAGGCAGCAGUUCUCAGAUGCAACGGUCAUCACGAUAGCACACAGGAUAACAUCAGUUCUUGACAGUGAUAUGGUCUUGCUUCUUGAUGAUGGUUUGAUUGUGGAACACAAUAGGCCAACUAAGCUGUUAGAGAAUAAGUUGUCCUUGUUCGCAAAACUCGUGUCUGAAUAUACGAUGAGAUCAAGCUCGCAGUUUUGAAAUUUUGAUGUUUAGAUACCACGCUUUAGAUGAUGAUGAUAAUUCAUGAGAAGAUUAUAGAAGACUGUAAUUUGUGGUGGUAAGUGAAGAUUCGGCUGAAUAGUGUAUACUACGCAAAUAUAUGAACAGAGAGCUAGCUUCUGAAGGUAUUUUUGUUAAGGAACAUUGGAAGUUAGGCAAGAAAAAUUUGUAUGUGUACGAACAGAAUGUACCAUUUUGAGAAAAGGAACCUCCAAGAGUACAACUUUGCCAAUUACAUUA